AUGCAAGAUUUGAAUCAGGCGCACAAGUACUGAACGACUAUCUGGAGUACUUUCUUGGUAGAACGUAAAGUUUAGCGGGAAAAAAUGGCUAAUAAUGCCAACUACAGCACGUGGCCAAUACGAAAAUCUAAAAGUUGUCCGUCUGUCCAUGGCACGUUACGCCAUGAACCUCAACCCUACGUCUCCUAUAAYCCAAUUCACAGUUCAGAAAUCGAAAAACUGUUAUCGCUAGAAAGUGAACAUUCCGAUAACUGGAACAAAAUCAAGAAAUCCAAGGAUGGUGAUGUAUGGCGACGGGAGUCAACSUCACCCAACACUCCUUCUAUUACAAAGACUGUUUCGCAUCUUGAAGGAAUCCCGUACAUGGCAGCUGUGCAGUAUUUGACCGACUUGGAACUAAGACRGAAAUGGGACAAGACGUUCGCUUGUAUUGAUGUAUUAGAAAAACAUGGUCAAUUCCAAGUACUUUAUUGCUCAUGCAUAAUGCCCUCGCUAUGUAAAAACAGAGAAAUGAUUUUAGCGAGUAUCCAGCGUCGGGACCACGAUCAGAAUCGCCACAUCCAAGCCAUGUGUAGUAUCUUACAUCCCAGCGUUCCCGUGGUGCAGCCCAACAACAUCAGAGCCGAAGUGUUUACGUCUGGCAUGAUCAUCCGUGGGGUCAACGAUGGGCUCGAGUCUUCUGAAGUGACYAUCAUMAAUCAAAUCGACUUACGAGGCACCGCGCCUCAAUUUGUCAAAAAUAGUUACCUGGCAGAGAACGCGCUCGAUCAGAUGCGAAUGAUGAAAAGAUACUAUCGAAAACAUCACGCGGAGCUCGAAUCGCGGCAGGAGAAGGAGCGAAAAGUCAGCGAAGCUAGCUAUCACACAAGCGACAGCGACAGCCCCGAGAAGUUCAGACGAUAUAAGCAAAGCCGUAGCGUUGAUGACAUCAUGGAAUAGGAACCAAUCACAUAGAUCCAUCUUACAAGGUUUUGCCUGAAAACGUAAGGCAGUGUGUCCAAACUACCAUCACCUGAUCUUGUUUUUCCGGAUGUGACGUUAUCAAAGGCAACAUCACGUGAUCUUGUCGUAUCGGAUGUGAUGCCAUCUCUCUGAGAAACUCAAGAACUAGUCUUAGUCUAUUUUUUUAAAGAUAAUAACACAAGCUUUUCAUAGCGAGAGAGACUGAGCAAGAGUUUGGGCCCAGUUCCUUUCAUUAGAUGCCGUGCUUGUACAGCUAAGGAGUUUUAUCUGCUUUUUUUAUUCUCGUACGCAGGCCCUUCUCAUUCAACAAAUAGGAGCGAAAAGGGUCUUAUUACGAGACUACGUUUUAUUGAUUUAUUUUAAACUAGAUUAUUUUAAUCUCCUUCAUAGAGGAGAACUGGAACUAGUACCAGUUUCCCAACGUAAUCACUAGCGUCGGUUAGAUAAUAUAGAUAUAACGAUAACUAAAAACUAAAACCUCGACGCAUGUCUGUAAAGUAAAGCCACUUAGAAAUCGUAGAUUAAACCUCAAAUAAGUUCAUAAAACCUUACGAGGCAUAUAGUAGAUCACGUGUCAAUUUGACAUGUGAUAACGGAUUUGAUGACGUCACCGUAGUUGGCAUUGACCAUUGCAUAACACGUUUGGGCAUGCGCACUAGAAUUUUAAAGUAAACUUCCGUACUUGUGUUCAAGACUUAGUAUUAGGUCCUUGUCAAGGGCUUGGUGUGGAUGUUUGCAAUCCCCCAACUCCCACCCCCGCAAGGCUCAAAUUGUACGAUGCAUUUCUUGAAACUGGGUACAUGUCUGUCUAGGGACUUGAGCAUGCGCAGACGUCUACUACUGUUGCUAUAGAAACAAUCUACGAUGUACAGGGGAAUCUGAAUAGCAUUAUUCUCAAAUAAUUAAAAUGUAUUUAAUUGUUUAUUUACGAUCUCGUUUACUGGACGUCACUGUUAUACAGUUUGGAUAAGGGAAAAGGGCUUUUGUCGAUAAAAUAGAACCAAAUAUACAAGUUGGGUGCGUUAAAAUAAAACGCACCCAGAUUUGCUGCUCUGUAAAUGGCGAAUGAUAAUUUUGAAUGCAGGAUGUUGAUGGCAGACGCAGUUACGGACACACGUUCAAGAAAACUCCAUUUACGGCGGACGUUUGUUGACACUGUGUCCGUUAUAACGAGAGCAAACUGUACUGAAAAUAACUCCCUUUACAGCGGACACUCUCUAUUACGGACUCUUAAUUAUUGUCCCAGAGGUGUCCGUUAUAACGAGAGUUGACUGUACUCUCGUUACAGCGGUCACUCGUUAUUGCGGACACUUGAUUACUGUCCCCAAGGUGUCUGAGAGUUCACGAGAAUUGACUACUCAAUAUAACUCCCCUUUUCCCUUACGUAAAAAAAAUCUCCGUUGACAUUACGAAUACAACUCCGUGUUGGUUUCAAUUCUAUGUGUUUAUUAUUGCUCUAGUAUAUGCAGAGAAUUAGGUGCUACGGAAAUUGAAUAAAUAUGUUAAUUGAA